UUUGCCUAAAGGUAUACACUCUCAAUAUGUGAGUACAUUUAAUAUAUCAAAUAUAUGAACAAAACUGUUCAUUUUUAAGCAGUAAAAACUAAAGUGUUAAGAUGGAAAACAGUAUAAAAAAGAAAUUUCAUGAUGAAAUAAUUAAAUUGUAUGAUGACAAUAAAUCUUCUAAUAAUUCAAUAUUUACACGUGAAAGAUACAGGGAGACUAUUGGGAAUGUAAAGGAAGCAAAAUUAAGUUCCAAAAAGACUGCUCUUCAAAGGUAUUUCUUGAGGCAAUAUGAUGUUUUGAGUGUAGCAGGCAUUGAAAAACUCAUUCGCAAAGGUGACGAAAUUUUUUACUAUUGUACAGUAGAUGGACUUUAUCCGUUGAUUAUAACUGCACAUUCUGGAGUUGGCCAUGGAGGCAUCCACAAGACAUAUAAGGAGUUAAAAAAAACAAUUUGCCAAUAUCAGCAGAGAAAUUAUCAGAAUUUUCAUUCAGAUGUGUGAACGGUGCAUUUUGAAGAAAAGUCGUACUGAAACCACAAAAUUAGUUGUUCGUCCUAUCACUUCUACAGAUUUCAAUUCCCGUUGUCAAGUCGACCUUGUUGACUAUCAGUCAUGUCCAGAUGGAGAAUACAAGUGGAUCAUGCACUACCAAGACCACUUAACCAAAUUCAGUGUACUGCGCCCUUUAAAGACAAAAAGAGCAGCUGAAGUGGCUUACCAACUCACUGACAUUUUUCUACUUUUUGGAGCUCCACAUAUACUGCAAAGUGAUAAUGGAAGGGAAUUUACGGCUAAUGUUAUUACAGAACUUAAACUCCUUUGACCAGAGCUGAAAUUAGUGCAUGGUAGACCACGUCACCCUCAAAGUCAGGGCUCUGUCGAAAGAGCAAACGCUGACAUAAAGAGUAUGACGAUUUCUUGGACACACGAAAACAACAACACACACUGGUCAGAGGGAUUGAGAUUUGUGCAAUUCCAUAAAAACAGGUCACACCAUAGAACAAUUGAUCAGUCGCCGUAUAAAGCUUUAUUCGGAUGUGACCCUAAAGUUGGCUUGUCAACGUCAGCCCUUCCAAAAGAAUUACUUGACACUCUUGAAACUGAAGAAGAUUUAAUUGCAUUGACAACAGCUACUACACGUACUAGUGACGACAAUGUCAGAACAAACAUGGAGACAGAAACUGAUCUUGACACAAACACUGAAACAGAAACUGAUCUUGACACAAACGCUGAAACGGAAACAGAUCUUGACACAAACACUGAAACGGAAACAGAUCUGGAGAUAAACACUGAAAUGGAAACCGAUAUGGACACAAACACUGAAACUGACACCAAUCUGGACUCAAACACACAAAUUUCAAAAUAAUACGUGCGAAAA